CUGCAGGAUUUAAGUGGAAGCAAUCCUCCCCAGAGGAACUGGAAAGGGAUUGCCAUUGCUCUGCUGGUCAUCUUGGUGGUCUGCUCCCUCAUCACCAUGUCUGUCAUUCUCCUCACACCAGCUGACAACCAAAGUGGGAGUGACACUAAGCUAACCAUUGAGGAUUUGUUCAAACCUGAGUUCAAGGUCUAUGAUCCAGAGGCAAAAUGGAUCAGCUCCUCUGAAAUCAUCUACAGGAACAGUGAUGGCCACGUCAUCAAAUUCAACAUCCUCACAAAUGAGACAGAGAUUGUCCUGACAAACUUGACAUUUAUUAAUUUCAACGUAGCCAAGUAUUCCCUGUCCCCAGACCUGAAAUAUGUACUCUUCGCAUAUGAUGUGAAACAGAUUUAUCGCCACUCGUACGUGGCCUCCUACAGCAUCUACAAUAUCCAUUCAAGGGAAGUUUGGGAGCUUGAUCCCCCCGAGGUGGUGAACUCUGUUCUUCAGCAUGCUGCCUGGGGAGUACAAGGCCAACAGCUGAUCUACAUAUUUGAAAAUAACAUCUAUUACCAAUCUGAUGUCAAGGGCAACUCCCUUAGGCUAACAUCAUCAGGAAAGGAGGGAGUCAUUUUUAAUGGAAUUGCUGACUGGCUCUAUGAAGAGGAGAUCCUGCACACCCAUAUGGCUCACUGGUGGUCUCCCGAUGGAGAGAGGUUGGCCUUCCUUGUUCUCAAUGACACUCUGGUGCCGAAUAUGGCUUUACCUCGCUUCACUGGUGUGACGUACCCAAAAGGAAAACAAUAUCCCUACCCCAAGGCUGGCCAACUCAACCCAGUGGUGAAGCUCUGUGUUGUCAAUCUUUAUGGGCCAACGCACACAUUGGAGCUCAUGCCCCCAGAGGCACUCAGGCUGCGUGAGCAUUAUGUGACCAUGGUGAAGUGGAUCAGUAAGACCAAGACAUCUGUCAGGUGGUUGAACCGGGCCCAGAACAGUUCCAUCCUCACUUUGUGUGAUACUACCACCGGAGCCUGCAUCACGAAACACGAAGAAAGCUCUGAACUAUGGCUUUCCAAGCAGAAUCAAGAACCUAUUUUCUCUAAAGAUGGCAACAGGUUUUUUCUGACUGUUCCAGUAAAGCAAGGAGGUCGAGGAGAAUUUCAUCACAUUGCGAUGUUCACGACACAGUUCAAGGCAGAUCAAAACUCCAAAGUCCGACAUUUAACGUCAGGGAACUGGGAGGUGACCAAGAUUAUCACCUAUGAUGAGAACACUGAUAAUCUCUAUUUUCUUAGUACAGAGGGCUCACCACGAAGGCGACAACUUUUCAGUGUGAAAACUGUGGAUCUGUUCCCCCGACGUUGUUUAACAUGCGAGUUAAAUAGGGCUCAUUGUCUGUACCUUGAUGCUGACAUCAGCCCCACAAACCAGCACGUUAUUCUCCACUGUAAAGGCCCAGGAGCACCUACUGUAAUCCUGCACAGCCUCAAUAAUUCAAAUUACUACAUCCUUGAGAACAAUUCUUUGCUCAAGGCAGCCCUGAAAUACAAAAGGAUCCAGCUGACUGACUUCAGAACCGUUCCAGUGGAAAAUUUUGAUUUACCUUUAAAGAUCUCUUACCCACCGGACUUCUCUGAUACCCGUCAUUAUGGAUUACUAUUGGUAGUUGAUAAUACCCCUGGUGGUCAGACUGUGAGUGACCGUUUCUCUCUCAGCUGGGAAUCUGUCCUUGUGAGUUCUGACAGUGUCAUAGUGGCCCGUUUGGAUGGUCGGGGCAGUGGCUUCCAGGGACAGAGGAUCCUGCAUGAGGUUCAUCAAAGACUGGGAACUGUGGAUGUUCAGGACCAGAUAACAGCAGUAGAAUACAUGUUGAAAUUUCCAUAUAUUGAUCGGACACGGAUAGCAGUGUUCGGAAAGGGUUACGGAGCAUACUUAAUAUUAAUGAUGCUCAAGUCUACCGACAGCCUCUUUAAAUGUGCUUGUGUAAUGACACCAGUGACAGACUGGAAACUCUAUGCAUCAGCCGUGUCCGAACGAUAUCUCGGUAUGCCAGUGCGAGAUGACAGCAGAUAUCAGUUUUCCAGUUUACUACAGAAUAUUCAAGCUCUUCGAGAUCAGACACUUAUGUUGGUCCAUGGUACAGCAGAUGCAAACAUCCACUUUCAACAUACGGCUGAACUUGUCAAGAACCUUGUGAAAAUUGGAGCAAACUACUCAAUGCAGAUAUACCCAGAUGAGGGCCACUUCCUGUCUCGGCAGAGUCUCCAACACCUAUACGCCACAUUGGUCAGCUUCUACAGGGACUGUCUGAAAGAAACACUGCUACCGUUGCCUGAUGAAGAUGAGGAAGAGGAGGAGUAAACAGAAGGCUUUGAGGAUCAGACCUUUGAAAACCUUGAAGAAUUGUACUGAAAUUCAUCCAGACCUUUUGCAUUUGAAUCAAGUGUGAAGCUAGAUGUGGACCUGGGGAGCUGCUUGUGCUAUUAAGUUUGUGAGAGUGUUUGUGUGUACUAGCACUCCAUUGUGCAAUAGUAUAUAUUUGCAUAAGUGUGUUAGAAAAAAGGGGAAGGACACAAAAGCACUUGCAUUGCCAGGACUUUAUUUAGACCUGCCCUCUAGCACAAUUGAAUAAUACUUUGGGACAUUCACUUUUGGUUUCUUUCAAAGCACAUGGAAGACUGCUGUCAUCACUCAUAGGGUCUCUGGACUAGUCAUCCUCACUUUUACAAGUGCAUGGUCCCUACCUGCCUUUUGACAUCACAAAUGUUUUCCAUGUUCGUAUCUUUUGCAGCUGUGCAUGGGAAGAGAAUAACACAGAUGUAAAAGUUUUAUUUCAUGUAUCCUUUGGUUGUUAUAUAGUUGCAAAUGUAACAAGCUCACUGCAAUCCAAGUUGAUCUUGAAGAACUGCAAUUUCCAGCCGAUAAUCAUCACGACUUCAAUGGAAAGAAGCUUAAGGAGGUUGCGCAGGAUUAUUUUACAUGAUUGUUGAAAAGACAUUUACAAUGCUGUCUAUAGUUUUAUUUACUGUAAUAAUUUUUGUUGCGAGCAGUAAUGAUUCAUAAGCUCUAUCAUCUUAACCUCUGUAGACUCAGGCCCUCCAGACUCAUCCCAGUCAGUUUAGAAACAGUUAGUUUCUAAUUUAAUAUAUGCCCUCUCAAAAUAAUUGAUGAACUCUCUAAGAAUAUUUUUCAGAGGUGUUAUGGUGUUUUCCAGAACACUUUUCCCAGAUUAAAGACACCUUUCCUUUUCACCAUGCACUGAUUAAAACAACAAGAUAACAGGGAAAUUGACAGUUUUACAGUGUCAGUAAAGUUGUUGCAUGUGUACAACAGGGACAGAUUCCAGGGUUGCCCUAUUUUGUACAGCACAAUACAGCAGAGUGUGUACAGACAUUUAUUUUGUAGAUGUGCGAACUUAGUUGACUAUUGGAAUCAACCGAUUAGACCUGGAUUUCUUGAAUUUAUGUUUCCUUUAGGUUUUCGCUCUUUCUAUUAUUUCUUUUUAUUUCUUUUUGAGGUUUCGAUCUUCCUUGUAGAAUCUAUCUAAGAACUUCUAUCUUAGUUAUGUUUAAUAUUUUGAAAGGAAGUGAUAGGUCCAAGGUUUUUCGGGCAUUAUGAUUGUCUUCUAGUGAUGAUCAUAAAUGAAUUAAUAAAAUAAUGAAAAACUGUUGGUAAUGCCAAUAUGUGUAGCACAAAACCAAAGUGACUGCUGUUAUUUGCACUUACUGAUAAAUAUAAUGUUUGAUCCUUCUUUUUUAAUCACAUAGUGCUUAUUUUCAGCUUGGAAGUCUCAGAGAAGUUAGACUGACCUGCGCCAGUUGGAAAAAUGUGCGCGUUCGAAGUUAAACAUUGCUUUAGCACAGUCGCACAACUAAUUGUUUGACUGAAUUGCCAGGUGAUUCCCAUGGCCAAAGGGGCCAGGGGAUGUCUGUGGGCCUAAGUUGAAAGAUUUGAGUGAAUUUUGUUUUCUAUUUACAAGUGCACUUGAGUUUUAGUUUUUUGUUUUUCUCAUUUUCUUUCCACGUUUUCACAUAUUCUGAAAUUCCACUUGUAUAUAAAAAAAAUUAUGAGAAAACAAAACCAACAUGACAGCUGAAAAGAAGAGCAAAUUACAAGACAUGUUCAAAUUGUAUGUGUUAUAUUUCAGAGGGAAAUAUUGCUGCCCAUAGAAUUGAUGUAAAACAGAAGGUGCAAAAGAAAUAUACAGUGACCAUUGUGUUUUAAUAGUCAAUGCUUUCUCAACUGAGAAAGUUGGAUAACUACAGUAUAUGCCCAUGUGCAUGAGGGCUGUUGAUGUAUUUUUAAGUUAGCAUAGCUUAAGGUCUUGAAACAAAUGAAAAGAAAUUGCCUAGUUCUGCCCUGACAGCAAUCUGUCUAACAGGAGCUAACAUGCCAGAUCCUAUUGGUUUGAUACUGACAGAGAUCAGGUGCUUUCACAGAGACUUAUGAUGUCGUCAAAAAGAAAAAGAUUAUAGGUCACAUUAUCUCUUACAACCCAUGCUACCUUGAUUCUCACAGCAUACAGUUAUUUUCAGUAAUACAAUUUCAAAUAAAUAAAUAAAUACAUUUCAAAUAAAACUAAUCAAUUCUGUAACUGACCCAGGCAUUUCAUUUAUUGAUAGUAAUCUGAAGUGACUUGAUGGAUAUGUUUAAUUGUCAGCUGCAUGUUCGUUCUUUUUUGUAGAAUAAAAUCAAGAUUAGAAUACGCACUGCGUAAUUAGUAUACAAAUAUGAAACCAUACUACAAUUAUUUUAAAACUAUUAUAAAUCUAUAAUCUUUUUAAUGAACUACAAAGAUGCAAUAUUUAACAUUCAAUCUCAUAAACUUGAUUGUUUCUUGCAAAGAUUUGUAUACUUUUAUUGGGGUUUUUUCAGCACAUUAAAAAAAAGCUGGGAUAAGAGCACCAAUAAAUUAGAGGAACUGAAAAUGUCAAGGAAUGCCCACAAAACACUGGCUUGGACCAAAUUCCAUGCAACCAGCUUAUUUGGAAACAUGUGAAUGUCAUGAUUUGGUGUGCACAAGAAAAUGUUCCAACAGUUUAGGACUGUUUGUCAAUGUACAAUUGGAAGGAAUCUAAGGAUUUAAUCAUCAACUGUUCGUAAUAUCUUAAAAUGAAACAGACAAUGCGGAGAGAGUCUGUAAAUCAAUACUGUAUCCCUGUGACCCGUGGUCCCAUUGUAUUUUAAGCUCUCUGGAAGUUCCCAAUUGGUCAGGUUCUGACACCGCCCCAGGUCAAUGUAGUUGCUAGCUUCAAAGUCACUUUAAGUUUGAACAAAAUUCUCACAUUUGGUCACACGGAGCAGUUUUUCUCAAGGACAACCCAAAGAACAGAAAUGGCAGAAAACCAACAGUUAAUUUAACUGUAAAUGAAGUGGGAAGAAUUGCUUAUGAGCUCAAAUCAUGCCAAUCAGUCUCCACCCUUUGAAAACUCUCUGGUCUUUAUAUAAGUGAAUGAAUAGGUGUGAGACACUGUGUUUCCCCCAAAAGAUGUCUUGACAAAUUCAUCUUUUUAGGACAUCAAGAUAGUGAAGGUCUUUAUUACAUGAGAGGUUUAGGCAAAUCAUUCUCUGUUUAUAGUGUUGUAUGUUGGGGGCAGGAUGUUUUCCAAAGCACCAGCAGCCUUUCCAUGCUCAGAUAUAGGCCGAAAUCAUGCUGACAUGACCUGGUCAGAAGUUGCUCGGAGGGGGUUGCUUAGAUCCAUGGAUGUUUGUGGUGG